GUAACAAUUAAACGUUUCCUCCCAACUCGUUUCUCCUCCCGACGACGUCUUCCGGCGUCAGCCGCUCCCAAACUUGAAGGAAUUCACCUGCUGGGAAAGAGCGAGCAGACGUAGAAGAAGCGCAGGAAGAAGUCGUUGUCCUCGUCCGGAGAAAAGAAAAAAGAAGAAGAACUUUGAACGAUAUGACCCGGCGACUUGUUGUGGUCCAUCCGCAGCUCACCUGAGGCGUUUACUGUCCCGCGGACGGUGCGCUUUCAUUAUUAAAAACAAUAGGAACAACAAGCACUUCCGUGUUUGGACUCGUCCGCUGGGACCCGAAUGCAAACCAGCAUGGAUCACGAAAUGAAGCCCAUCGGGACCAAUGGGGCCGAGGUGACGGUUAAUGGAGAUAGUGUGGCCUACAGGAUACCUGGUGCUACAGAGAAAGACCGGUUCCUCCCUGACCAGAAUACCAGUGCAGAAUCGCAAAGAACUCGGGAGAAAACCUUCACUCUUCCAGAGAUUUGCUCUAAGUGCAGGAUAAGCAGAGAACGGCUCAAACUAUUGCUGGUGAUCGUGGCCAUCCUCCUGUUCAUCGCUGCUGUUAUUGGGAUUUCUCUGGCCGUGUGCUCAGCGAUCUAUGAGGACUCGGACGAGGACUUUGACAGUUCGUUGUUUAAAGUUCCCCGGUCCUUCAAUGGGAGCUUCCGGCUGCCCAAUCGGGUCUUCACAAACGGACUUUUCACCCUUUCGUCCAACGAAAGCCAAGCCCUCGCUGCUGACCUUCAAGACAAGCUGGCCGACCUCUACAGAUCUUCUCCUGCUCUGGGACGAUACUUCUCCCAAGCAGAGAUACAGGCUUUCCGGAACGGGUCAGUCAUCGCCGACUACCAGCUGAUGUUCCUCAUGCCCGAAGAGCAGCAGGCUGAGCUGAGAAACGUCACCCUGAGCAGGGAGAUGGUGUACAACGUGUUCAGACAGUUCCUAUACGACCUUGAGUCAGAUGACUCGGGGCCGAUGUACAUUGACCCAGUUUCCCUCCAUAUGUUUUUAAGAGUCUAAACAAACCGGGGUGUCUUGCUUUUAUAGAAAUACAAGUGUUUAUAUUUACAUAUCUGUGCCUUUUUCCCCAGACAUUAUCUGCAAACCAAACCUGUGAAACACUCCUAAAAUAUUAGCCCACAGAGCAACAAACAAACACAGCAGAGAGCUGUUCAGGAAAAUGAUCCUGCUGCUGUGAUCGUUUUCUAAGGGAAGGCUGUUUAAUGCCGUGAUAACCCGUUUAAAAAAAGAAACAUGCCAAACAUGCUGGUCACAGUUUAUCACGACAUAACACAUGUACAGCACAGAGCUGUGUGACAUCACAGGGUUUCCUGGACGUGAUCCUCCUGUCUUACAGCUGUCAUUAUUGUUUGUGGCAAAGUAUCUGGUCCCUCACAGACCUUGAGAUGGUUGUUUUUGCUCCCUUCAUUUUUUUUCAUGGUAAAAAGUUUUUGAUGAAGUUUGAUGAAAAUAACUCCUGUAAGAUAACGUGUAUAAGGCCUUUUGUUUUCUAAAAAACAUAAUAAUGUGGAGUUUAAAAUAAAGCUAUUACAUUUUUUUAGUUUACAUUUUGAACCUGAGUCUUUUUUAUAGUGGACUCAAUAAUAUAGGAUAUGUUCAUAUAUUGUUUAAACAAGUAUGUCAUUUAAUUGGUAUUUGAAUGGACAUUGUGGGGGUUUGUAUAGCAAAACAUUAUCAUUCUGACAGCAACGCAUAUAAUACAAAUAUUUAACCCCACAAAAAACCGACACUGAUCUGAAAAGGCCAAUUUUGAAUUUAAAAAAAACAUACUGUGUAUGAUAUAAAUGACUAAUGGUAAAGUAUUCAGAAUGAGAUAAUGAGCAUAUCUUCUGCUUGACCACCUUUUAGAGGAACUGUAUUUAGCCGUGCAGAUCUGGCUGCAUGACUGUCACAUGCUGGUCAAAAGAUCAAGUUUAAACAGCAGCGCAUCGGUGGAAUCCAAGAGAUUUCGAGAGUUUAU